CACCUUAAAGCGGUUUGCAAUCUGCCAAUAACCGAGAGAAGAAGAAGAGGAGGAGGCUGAAGAAGGAGCUAUCAUGGACGUCUCGCAGCGUGUGUUGGAGUACCUGACAGAGGUGGAGGAGGCGGCGGAGGAUGUUCUUAGCACUAAACAGCAGAUGGUGGAUCUGGACAGCAGGAGGAACAGGAACAGAGAGGCUCUGAGUGUGCUGAGGACAGAUGAGACGGAGAAAGUGAAGGUUUGCUUCGGAAACAUGUUCAUCAAACUUCCCAAACUGAAGACGAGAGAGAUGAUUCAGAAAGACCAGGAGCAGCUGGACAUGGAGAUAAACGAGUUUCGCAAAGGACUGAAAGCUAAAGUCAACCGUCUGAAUGAACUGCAAGGGAAACCUGAGCUGAGGGGCUACAGUCUGUCUCCUCUGUCCACUGAUGAAAUCAAAGCUGUUAACAGCCUCUUCAAGAGAUGACUUUACAUCUCCUGGACAUUUGUUGUGACAGAAGGAUAAAGAGAACAUCUUGACGAGCUGUAGAGCCUGACAUGAGCGGCCAGCUGUGCAGAGGCUAUGUGCUCUCCUCUGGAUUCUCUUAUGACUCCGCCUGAGCCUGCUGGAUGAUUGACAACCAAGAACCUUAUCAACUGCUGGACAUUUUGAAACCAUUUUUAAAUAUUGUGUUACGGUCUAAACUCUACAAAAGCAAAGUUCAGACAGAAAGUAUUUUUAGGCAAUUCCCCUUUCCUCUCACUUGUGGAAAAUCCGCUGAGUGCUGGAACAUUGUGUGUGUUGUCUGCUGUGUUUAAUCUGGCAGGGCAAACAGUCCCUGGUGCUGUAGAGCAGACAGUGGUGUGACUGACUGACUGUUUUUUUAAGUUGUCACUUAACAUAUAAUUACAUGGCAUAUGUUGAAGGAAAACAUUUGAACCUUGUGUUUUAUAUUUGUAGCUCCAUCACUUAAGUCAAGUAUGAUAACAUUUUACUCCCCACGGACAUUCAAAAAUCCAAAAGUGAUGCCAAACAUGAUGAAAAGGAAACUAACCACACACACCUUUUCCAGAUGAUCUACAACUUUAAAAGUACAUUAAAAUGAAAUCACAUCAUUGUUUCACAUUUGGAAUUCUGUCCACAUGUGAGUUUGUCCUACUACACAUUUCACAUGUUAAAAUACACAGCACACUGAGAGGUGACCCCGGGGGAAAGUAAAGUAUGCUUUAUUUUGUCUCUUCCAACAGUUUGAUGAAGCUAUAACCAGUCUGACUGCUCAUGUUUCUGUGCCAUUGCACCUAUUUGAAGUUAUUCCAACAGCAUAACCAAAAGCCAACGCUAUGAAGAUGAAACUUAAGGCAUAAUAAAUCUAUGUUCCCUUCUCAUAA